CAUGCUGCACUGGGGAUACGACGAGCACAACGGUAGGGAACAGCGGCCGGGGCCGUCGGGGCGGCCAGCGGGGUCCCGCGGGCACUUCCCGCCGCUGGGCUCGGCAGCUGCCGCGCCCUCAGGAGGGCUGGGGCCUGCCCACUGGAAGGAGGUUUUUCCUGUCGCUAAUGGAGACCGUCAGUCACCCAUCGACAUCAAAACUGAGGAAACCAAGUAUGAUCCCUCCCUUCGUCCUCUAAAUCCCAGUUAUGAUCCAGCUUCUGCUAAAAUCAUCCUUAACAACGGGCACUCCACCAGUGUGGAGUUUGAUGACACCGUCAACAAAUCAGUGCUGACGGGGGGGCCACUCAGCGGGACCUACAGGCUGCGCCAGAUUCACUUCCACUGGGGAUCCAAUGAUGAAGCUGGCUCUGAGCACACGGUGGAUGGGAUGAAGUAUGCAGCAGAGCUUCAUGUGGUCCAUUGGAAUGCAGAGAAGUAUUCCAGUUUUGUUGAGGCAGCUUGUCAGUCAGAUGGACUAGCAGUCAUGGCUGUAUUUCUGAAGAUUGGUGAAUGUAACCCUCAACUGAACAAGAUUACUGACCGCUUGGACACCAUCAGAAUCAAGGGAAAAAAAGCAUUAUUCACAAACUUUGAUCCCAGCUGUCUGCUUCCCAAGUCCCUGGACUACUGGACUUACUUUGGCUCUCUCACUGUUCCACCUCUUCUUGAGAGUGUCAUCUGGAUUGUUCUGAGAGAGCCCAUAAGUGUUUGUUCUGAGCAGCUGGCCAAAUUCCGCAGCCUCCUGAGCACUGCUGAGGAUGAGGCCGCCUGCUGCUUGCUGAGAAACUUCCGGCCUCCCCAGCCUCUGAGGGGACGAGAAGUCAGAAGGAAUUGAAGGAGUAAAUCCAGAGUAGGCUCCCUCUGAAACGAAAGGCUGAAUUCAUUUUAAUAGUUAAUAUACUUUGUGAUGUUUUAAUUUUUUUUUGUGAGUUGUUUUAACCAAUAGGUAUUAGUGGUUUUCAUGCAGUCAUUUCUCACAGGCAAGUAUGUCUGGAGUUAUCACAGGUUCGUUGUUGUUAACUGCGUUUGAGUGCAUUGGAAGCACUGAGCCAUCAGCAUUGCAUACACAGAGGUCACUGCUAAUAAUAAGGGUCAAAUGUGGGGAAAUGUGAAGUUGUCCAGAUUUUGCUACCAAAUUACUGAACAAGAUCCUUGGUAUUACUGACAGUUUAGGAUGUUCUGGGAUUAGUCUUUUGGUCUCUAACAUAACUUUUAGCUUCUGUAUAAACCUCACAUUACAUUUUUCAAGGAAAAAAAUAUUUCAAGAAUGAUGUAAUUUCAUUGCUGACUUCUGCAAUACCAUACUUACUUUCCUACAAAAAGCAGUAAUGACUAGCAGCAUUUAAGUAAAACAGAUAUUGAUACAAUUCUGUUAUUCUGGCUGCUUCAUAGCAGUAAUCGUGUACUGAUUGAUAGAUUUUUUUAAAGCAAAUAGUAAGGAUUUUGUAUAUUGCAAGAUCAUGUCAGGUAGAUUAGGUAUUCCUGAAUUCCACAAUGACACAAGAUGAAAUUGUCCUGAAACCUGAAAACUGCAAGGUGGAAGGACACAGAGGGAGCUGUUUGCCUAAAUCCAGUUUAUUGCACUUGGUGAAGAAUAAGGGAUUAUUACACUAUAUCCAUGUAGCAUCAGACUUUUGCCACUUAAAAUCAAGAGGCAGGGGUAGCUGUUGUUCCGGACCGUUGCAUGCUGCAGUGUGAACCCCAUGCUGCUUACCUCUGAUCUCGCUGUGGAGCACAGUACUGCCCAGGUACAGAAUGUGUCAAGGUGCUGGCUGAUGUUCUGCUGUCAUAGGUGAACUUCAGUGGUUGCACUUAUAUUCCAAGACCAAAGAGAAUAGUCAGAGAGAGCCAAAGAAAUUGGAAUCAAGUCAACAUCUAAUAAAAAGCUCAGUAGCAAUAUGUUGAAACAUCUGUCUUUAUGAGUUGACUUGAGCCAGUGUUUCUCUCAGGAGCUUUUUUUAUCUCAAUACGACUGGGGUUUUUUACAGCAAAUAUUUUUAUUAAUGAACAUGCCAUAGGAUAUAGCUUAGGAUAGAAUUAGAUUUACUCUCAAACUGUGAGAACUACAUAGUGAAAUCCAAUGAGUGAUACCUGAAAGAGGCAGCUAGAGGUUUUACUGGCAGCAACUAACACCAAUCUAUAGUACUUCUGACAAAUUCGUCUUCCAUAACUGCACUCCUUGAAUUCAUUUUUAAAUAGGUUUUAUAAGCUCUGCCUUUUACCUCAGUAGGUCAUUUGAUCUUAGAUGAACAAAUAUAAGGGAAAUCACAGUCAAGACUGACUUUAUAUGCUGUUUUAGAACAAUAAAUUAGACAUAGAGAUAUAGAUAUUUUAUCUUAGUUUAAGAUAUGUGGAAUUCUUUGUUUUCUCCUCCCCAGAAUAUAGCUAUUAUAUUCUGCAAGGCCUCCCAAUGCCUUUUGAAUAUUUUCUGAAGAAAAGAACACAGACCACUGGAGAAAAAAAAGGCAUUUAGCAGCACUAAAAGGAAAAGUGAGAGUGUGUUGAAUGUUUUCACUCUCUUUUUUAGACUUAGGAUUGGAUCUCAUUUGUUUCCCUGUUAUGUGAGUAGCUACAGAAUGUGUAAAAAAUGUUUACAAAUGGCAGGAAGGAUACAAAGGAUUUGUUGGUCUCAGAAGAGGAAGGAAUAAGGCUACUGCUUCAUAUUGUAAACAGAAGUUUUACAUAUUUCUUACAUAUUGUAAACAGUAGAGUUGACUCAAUUCUUUUAUAUUUAUAAGGAUUUUAUAAAAAUAAAAUAUGGAUUUUAUGAAUGUGUCUUGUAUUUUAUAUUGCAGAGCCUAAAGUUUUACAGAGAAGUCUAUACUUUUAUAAUUAACACCUGCAGCUUUAGGUUUGGAAAAAAUUGUCACCCAUCAUUUGAAGUCUGUCUCUGGGUAGUGUAGUAUUAGGUAUGUCUUUAUGUUCCAAAUAAAAUAUUUUUGGUAGUGGUAAGACAUGCAAUCAAUUCUUCAAGUUUCUGAUACUGCAUUUUUGAACUUUUUACUAUUUUUAUAGUUAUGCUAAUAAGUUUUAGAAGAAGUAAUCAUUCCAGUGAUUCCCCUUUUUUGGAGAUGCCAUGUUCGUGUUAGAUUGGCCUAGCUGGAACAGCUGAAAAAGACUAGGAAUACUGAGUUACCUGAAAUCCUUUGGGACCAGCUUCUCAGGUUAUCCACUCCCUACAACUGUCAAGUGAGAAUUUGGAUACAGUCUCAGCUCUGAGCACUUGGUUGCACCUCAGUCACUAAUUUCCUGUGUGCCCAAGCUACACUGAACCUCAAACAGACUAUUCAGUGUUGCUCCCAGAGAAUCUUAUCUCAAGUAUGAGCUCCAUAUUGUCCUCCACAGCAACUGAGGCUGAAAUUUGUCAUCACCCGCCCCCCCAGCCCCCUGCAGCCACAUGUCCCUUUGAUCAACUCUUAGCUCUCUGACACAUUUGGAGCCUUUAUAUUAAGAAGAAUUAAAUGCUCAGUGACCAAAAAAAUAUAGAGUGUAUUUGCUGAAAAUAGUAGCUGUCAAAAAUUGUGGACUGCUGGAAGGUUGAUCGCCCAUAAACUUAUUCUCGGGAUUAAAUAAACCACAGCAGAGCCCUGGGGUCAGCUCUCUGUUUUUGGCACAGGAGGGAAGCAGUCUGCUCUGCUAUGCUUACAGCAUUUGCCAUCAUUCUCAUGAUGUUUUUAAUGUUGCACAUGUUUAAAAUCAGCUGGGAAUUUUCUUUAUGUCAAACAAAAAACCUGAGAAGUAGCGCUCUUCCCUUCUGGAGUACAGUGGUCUGAAGAUACACCAGACAUCUGUUUGAUGCCAUACACCCAUUUGCUAUGUACCUAUGUUUUCUCUGCUGCUUAGAGAUUUGUCUCUCAGUUGCUUCCAGACAUGAACUGUGACCUAAAGGAAUUCUAAGAAUGAAUUUGAAGGAAAAAAACCCAAGUCAUCAAUUAAUAAAUCUCACAGAAAAAAAAAAAAAAA